AAAGGAAAAGUGAUCAUGAAGAAAAGUAAGAAUCUUUUUCACCGCCGAUCAUCAGAUUAAGAUUCUGAUUCAGUUACAUGAUUUGUCCAUGCUUUUAAUGUGCUUCUCAUUUUGACAUUUCUUAUUCCAAGUUACCUGUGUUACUUUUUUUCCUCCCUUUCUCUUUCGGUGUCGAGUCGAUUAUCACCCUUGCCGAAGGUACAUUACUACUGUUAUCGAGAAUCACUUGAGAGGAACGAGUUCGAGGAGGUCUUUUCAAGAGAGGAGAAAAGAGAGAGCUACCAAUUGCCUCAUCUUCAUCUUCCAUCAUUAACUCAACGUCUUCUCAUUCAACUGGAAUAAAAUAAAGACUCUCAGAGAAUCUUAAUUAAUUGAUAAUUUCUCUCGUAUCUUCAGUAUUAAUCGUUCAAUUUAUCUUCAUCUUCAAGUUUCAUCUUUGUUUUCCACUGACCUCGUUUUGUCAAUUUCGUUCUGACGAAAUCCUCUCUCUCUCUUCUUUCAUCCUUUUCCUUAUUUAAUAUUCGCCCACCAUGUUAAAGGUUAACUUGUCAUCUUUCACUUCAAUUGUUAUAUUUUGUUUAGUCAAUUGUUUAAUUAGUUCAAUUUCCUGUGAUGAUUGUUAUCAACAUCAUUUUCCUAAUGGUGGAAUCGCUUGUGCCUGUAAUAUAACUCACUGUGAUUCCCUUGCGAUUGAAAAAACAGCCCCACCGGGUGUACUGCUCUCCUAUGAAUCUGAUAUAACUGGUAAACGAUUUCGUAAAAGUUUAAACCCGUUAGACACCAUCCAGGCCAAUGGAACAGCUCAGUCAACUUUUAUCAUGAACAUUGACCGAUCAGAUGUCCGUCAAACUAUGAAUGGUUUUGGUGGUUCUUUCACCGAUGCUUCAGGUAUCAACAUUUUCUCAUUACCUGAGUUUAUGAGUCGACGAUUACUUCAAGAUUAUUUCGCUUCCGAUGGUAUUGAAUAUUCAAUGGGCCGAUUUCCUUUCGGUUGUACUGACUUUUCCCGACGAAAUUACUCUUACGCCGAUGUUAAAGAUGAUUUUGAUCUGAGACACUUUGCACUCGCACCCGAGGAUAUGCAAUAUAAGAUUCCAAUGGUUAAAAUGGCUUUAAAUUACACCAACAAUCAAUUCAAAUUAAUUGGUUCAGUUUGGUCUUCACCGGUUUGGCUCAAAACCAGUGGUCGGUACGUUGGAAUGGGCAUAAUAAAGGGUGACCCUGGUGGACCUUAUUAUCGUACUCUUGCCAAAUAUUACGUCAAAUUUUUGGAUGAAUUCAAAAAGCAUGGUGUUAAUUUCUGGGCAAUCACCGCAGUCAACGAGCCCGCUGGUGGAUUAAAACCCAAAUGGCCUAAUCCAAACAUCGGUAUGUCACCGGAAAUGAUUCGUGAUUGGAUUAGAACCGAUUUAGGACCACUUCUCGAAUCUUCUGGCUAUGGUAGAGAUAAACUUCACCUGAUUAUCGGUGAUGAGAUCAUGUCAAUGUUGACACUUUAUGUCAAGAAUAUUUUGAAAGAUCCUGAAGCGGCCAAAUAUGUUAGCGGGGUCGGAAUUCAUUGGUACGAGUACGGGUACGAGCCAUACACACCAAUGGAAUACGUUCAUCGGCAUUACCCUGAAAUGUUUCAAAUAUCAACCGAAGCAUGUGAAGGUUGGGGUGGAGAUUUUCAAGGAGUUCGUCCUGGUAAUUGGACUCGUGCGGAAACUUAUACUUGGGAUAUUAUCAAUAUUGUGAACAAUUAUGGAACCGGGUGGAUGGACUGGAAUCUAGCACUUAACAUGGAGGGUGGACCAAAUUAUGUGAAUAACGUUGCAGAUUCACCGGUUCUUGUUGAUUUCAAGAAUAAAGUUUACUACAAACAGCCAAUGUUUUACGCUCUUGGACAUUUCAGUAAAUUCGUGAAACCUGGAGCCAAACAUUUAGGUCAUACUGAUAACAUUGAUAAUCCAAUGAUUAAGGUCACCUCAUUCUUGGACACUUCCGGUCAGAUUAUUGUGGUCUUACAAAAUCGUAAAGAGGAAACAAUAAUUGCAACGAUCGCCGGUGCAACUGAUGCUCCAUUUCAAGUUUCACUUUCACCUCGAUCAAUACGAACGAUAAUUGUGCCAACAUCUUCAUCACAAUCACCCCAACAACCACAACCAUUAAUACAGUUAUUAACACCUUCAUCCACACCUUCAUCCACACAAUCAUCCACACCUUCAUCAACUCCAUCUCCAUCAUCCUCAUCAUCCUCAUCCCCACCAACUUCAACAUCUUCAACACUUCCUCCACCUCCACCAUCAUCAUCCUCUUCACCUGAUUCAAUCCCACCUCCAAUUGCAUCUAAAUUAUCACAAAUUCAACCCUAAUAAUUAUAUUUAAAUUAAAUUUAUUCAACUCUUUAAUAUAUAUUA